AAUGGAACAUAAUCGUGGAGGGGAUAAUUUGUAAAUUUCGUUGAGUCUGAUCAGCUGAUCGUCGUAGAUUAAAUUAAACUUUUUAACGUAAGCAAAUAUAUAUUUUUUCAAGAAAAAUGUUAAAGCAAUAAAAUACGUUACAUGUUUAAAAGGAAAAUCUAUUGAGAGAAUGUUUAUACGUCAGAUCGUGAAUGUACGGAGAUAAUAUUAGGGAAGGUUAAGAUAUGCAAACUGUCAAUAACAUAUUUGCAGAAUGGAUUUAAUGACGCUUCUACCAUCAAGAUCAUCAUCGAAGAAUUUUUCCACAAUGAUUAGAAAAAGGUUUUACUUGAAACUGAACAUUCCAACGUUGUUGAUGAUAUUGCUGUUUAUCUUCCUGUGCAUUCGUUUCUUGCCUUCUACAAAAUGUUCAUCCGAUACACAGGAGAUGAAAAAUAAGUCAAAAUACAGACUUGUAAUACUUAUACUCUCCAGCCCUGAUAAUUUGGAAUGGAGGGCUACUAUUAGAAAAACAUGGUUGGCACAAAAAUAUGCUACUGUAAGGCAUCUAUUUGUGAUAGGUACUGUCAACAUAUUACCAGAGCAAAGGGAAACUUUGCUGUCAGAGAAACAUAGGUUUAAUGAUUUGCUUUUACUACCAAAAUUGAUAGACUCUUAUGGAACGUUAACGAAAAAGGUCUUAUAUGCUCUAAAAGAAAUUUAUGAGCAAUAUGACUUCAAUUAUUUAAUGAAAUGUGACGAUGAUUCGUUUGUACUGGUACACAAAGUUCUGAAAGAAUUGGAUAAAUGGGAUAAUAAAGGAACUAAAAAGGAACUGUAUUGGGGCUUCUUCAAUGGAAAAGCUUCUGUUAAGAGAAGUGGACCUUGGAAGGAAACUGAUUGGAUAUUGUGCGAUUAUUAUCUUCCUUAUGCACUUGGAGGUGGAUAUGUUUUAUCCUAUAAUUUAGUCAAGUUUAUUGCAUUGAACAUGGACAUUCUCAAGUUACAUAAAGCAGAAGAUGUGUCCAUUGGUCUCUGGCUAGCUCCACUGGCAAAUAUUGAAAGAAAGCACGAUGUGCGUUUUGAUACAGAGUAUAGAUCACGUGGUUGUUCUAACCAGUAUAUAGUUACACAUAAACAAACAAUUACAAAUAUGAAAAAUAUGCAUGAAUAUCACCAAGCAUCUGGAGAAUUGUGUGUGAAAGAAACCAGAAAUCGAAUGAGCUACCAGUACAACUGGACUGUUCCACCUAGUCAGUGUUGCAAUCUACAAUCAGGCAUUCCAUAAUGAAUGAAUGAUUACUCUUUACGCAGUCAAUAUUCUAGUCAUUAUUUUUUAAAGCAAUUGCACAGAUUUAUUCUGUAUAGUGCAAUAGUUGGAAUAAUUUAUUUGGUUUCGUAGUUAAGCCAACACAAGCAAAGUGGAACCAUUCUAUGGGACACUGUGUAAAGAAAAGACAAUAAUAUUAUGCUUGUAUGAGAAUAAUAAAUAGAUAAUGGAAACAUACUAAAAUAUAGAGACUUACAUCAGGAUUAUCACAACCAAUCAUUUCUCCAUAAGAGACCUGAUGACACAAACAAUAUGUUGGUUCAUUCGGAUCAACUGGCAUAUCCAAGACAUCUGCUGGGUGCCCAAGUGCGCCAGAAUCCACUUGUGCUCCACUCCCUACAGCACCAGCAGAUGAUGCAGAAGCUACAGAUCCACCUAGUUUCGACGAGGACAAAAAGAAGGAUUGUAUACUUACUGUCUAAAUAAUGCUCCAAAUACAGUGCCGUCGUCAUGAUUUCCUUCACUUAAUCGCGAAACGAAGGAAAAUUGCACACUUCAUGUAAGCGUUUCAGAGUGAUUUCGUAUUCUGCGAAAUUUAUCUCAGCCGAUAUCGGUAAAAAAAAAUUAUGGAACCACUUCGCAAUGAGCGAUCGAUGGUUGUAGAUGGUAGAAAGCGAUAGAGAUCACGCUCACGGUUGCCAACUAUGUACGCCCUCUGUAUCAGUGUAUCGCGUUUCCGGCGGGAAACGGCAAUUUGAUACAUUGAAUAAAAAUUUACUAAAAACUCCCAUUCGAAACAGUUAAAUAUGCAUUGAAAUUUUUCGAAUACUCAAAUAUAGUUUGUAAUAUUUUAAUCACAUUUAUUAAACAUCUGGAUACAGAAAUCGCUUAAAAUGAGCAAUUUAAAUUCUAAUUCUAAUUAAAUAUACCUAAUAUGUAUACGCAAACAAUUUUGUAAAUUUAUACUGUAUUGCACUUUAGACAAAAUGGCCUUGCUCUCAUAAAAUAAAGUUCAUUUCAAAUUUUGCGCAAUGUA